AUGAUACAAACUGGUGUUUUAGUCAUUAUCUUAAAUAGCAAGGAUUAAAUUUUGCUAGGAAGAAGGAUGGAUAAUAAAUUGCUGUCUCUUCCUGGAGGUAAAAUAGAAUUUGGAGAAUCCUUAGAAGCUUGUGCUAAGAGAGAAGUUAAAGAAGAAACCGAUUUGGAUUUAGAAAUUAACAAAAUAGGUUAAGUAGGAGUAGUUAAUGUAAAUAGACCCUAGAUGGGCUUUCACUCUGUCUGCAUAAUCCAAUGUUAUUUCGUUACAGAAGAAGAAAGCAAUCACAUAAAAAAUACAGAGCCUCAUAAAUGCUAUGGUUGGCAGUUUUAUGACAUUGAUGCUCUUUCUUCAUAAGAAAUUUAGUAAUAACUUGGUCACGCUAUUAAAGAAUUCCUUCUCAAAUAUUAUUAAAAUGAUACAAAGAAACUUUUAAACCACUGCAAAUCUUUAUUGCAAAUUAAUUGA